AUGGAAGAUUCACGUGGAAGUGGUCGACGAACUUGGCAAGACUAUGCCAGACAACGAAGACAAAAUAUGAGUGAAGAACAGAUGCAGCAACACCUUGCCAGAAGGCGUGCCAGUUAUCGAGAGAGUAUUAGACGAGGAAAACAAAUCGAUACAUCAAGUGGACCAACUAACAUGGCAACACCAUUACAAGAUAUCACAAAUAUACCUCCUCAACAAUACUCUAUAUCAGAUACUCACAAUAACACCGAAGCUGGUUCAAGUAAUAUACCAAACGAUCCAAAUAUGGAAAUUAGACAAAAUGUUCGAGCAUCCCAUAAUUGUGCUCGAAAUUUUCAAGAGGAUGCAACAAUAAUUCGAACUCCGCUACCAGUCCCAAGGACAUGUCAUUACUGUAGCGCACGUCUAUUUCACCAUGAGACGUUCGAGAUGUGCUGUAAUGGGGGAAAAGUCUCUCUUCCCCGAGUAAAUGCUCCUCAAGAAUUACUUGAAAUCUUCUUCGACCCCUCUGCAGAAGGAAACCAUUUUAGGAAACAUAUUCGUGGAUACAAUCAUGUAUUUUCCUUCACUUCGUGUGGUGUGCACAUAGACGAACAACUGGCUAUAACAGGUCGUGGUAUAUAUACAUUUCGUGCUCAAGGCUCAAUAUAUCACAGUAUAGGGGGAUUUCAUCCGGAUCAGGGUACGCGACCACGGUUUUUGCAACUGUACAUAUAUGAUACUGAUCACGAGUUGCAGAAUAGGAUGCUGGAGAACACACAACUAUAUGAAACAUUAGUUUUCAAGUUACAACAAUUGCUACACCGGUAUAAUCCUUUUCUCCAUGUGUUUCGCCAGCUUGCACAACGGUCAGAUGUACAUGAGUGUAGUUUGGUCAUUAGAGAGCGACCUGCUAAUCAGCCACAAUAUAGUCUUCCAACUGCGUCGCAGGUAGCAGCUAUAAUUGUUGGUGAUGACGUUGAAAUAAUGAUUCGUGGGCGAGAUAUUAAGGUGCAAACUCAUGCUGGUAGCCUACGAAGGAUUCAGAAAUUCGUUGGCUAUUACGAUCCACUACAAUAUCCUCUUCUUUUUCCAUUUGGAACUCAUGGAUGGGAUAUCAAUACCCGAAGUCAAAGUGGCGGCAAAGUAUCAUGCCGAACAUAUAAUAGUUAUAUGCUCCAGAUCCGCCCCGAUGAUCAUUCCACCUUAAGAUGGGUUCGAAAUAGACAGAAAAAAUUACGGGCUGAAUUAUACCAAGGUUUACAAGAUGCUUUGCACACAGGAGAAACCAAUGCAGAAAAUGUUGGAAGAAAAAGAACAAUAUUACCAUCGUCGUUCAUUGGUAGCCGUCGCGACAUGACCCAACGAUAUGAAGAUGGAAUGGCGAUUGUUCUUAAAGAGGGCAAGCCAGAUAUUUUUCUCACAAUGACAUGCAACCCAUCUUGGACUGAAAUAACUUCAGAACUCAACCCAGUUCAAACUUCACAAGAUCGUCCAGAUCUAACAACAAGAAUUUUUCGAGCCAAAUUUGAACAGCUGAAAGAGGAUGUCAUUACUAAGGGUGUCUUGGGAAAGGUGAAGAGCUAUAUUUAUGUCACUGAGUUUCAAAAAAAAGGGUUGCCACAUGUACAUAUGUUGCUAAUCUUAGAAAACAAUGACAAGUUAAUUGACCCGGAGCAUUAUGAUAGUUUGGUACGUGCAGAGAUACCAUCUAAAGAAGUAGAACCACACCUACAUGAUGCAGUGCUAAAACAUAUGAUUCAUGGUCCUUGCGGUACACUUGAUCAAUCUUCACCCUGCAUGAAAAAUGGCCAAUGUAAACGCAACUACCCAAAGGAGUUCGCAGCAGAAACACGAAGAGGUGACGACUCAUAUCCGCAAUAUAGGCGACGAUUCGACACUCCAGUACAGAUUAACCAAAAUGUCACGGUUGACAAUAGAUGGGUAGUUCCGUACAACCCUUGGCUACUACUAAAGUAUGCUUGCCAUAUUAAUGUUGAGAUAUGUAGUAGCAUCAAGAGUAUAAAGUAUCUCUACAAAUAUUGCUACAAGGGUCCAGACCGGGUGGCAAUGGAAGUUCACAAUGGUUCUAAUGUUGAUGAGGUCCAACAGUUUGUUGAUGCAAGAUGGAUUGCUGCUCCAGAGGCAUGUUGGAGAAUAUUUAAAUUUAACCUUUACCGAAUGUAUCCAUCAGUGGAAAGGUUACAAAUUCAUUUGCCAAAUCAACAUCAAGUGAGCUUCUAUGAUCACCAAACCAUUCCUGAAAUACUUAAUGAUGAUUAUUUCUCUAGAACAAUGCUCACUGAGUUCUUUGCCCUAAAUCGUGAGGAGGACCAACAAUCUAGGCAUCUUUUGUACAGGAAAAUUCCAGAGUAUUACACUUGGCACAACAAGGAAAAGGAAUGGCAUCGGCGCAAGACACAGAGGAGAUCCAUCGGUCGAAUUUAUAUUGUAUCACCUUCAGAAGGAGAAAAAUUCUAUUUGCGUAUUCUGUUAUCUAAUGUCAGAGGACCAAUCAGUUGGGAUGACUUGCUAACAGUGAAUGGGGUCCAAUAUUCGUCCUUCAAGCAAUCUGCUCAACACCGAGGAUUGUUAGAGAGUGACAGUAGCAUCCGUGAGUGUUUGGUUGAGGCUUCUGUUUUACGAUUGCCAUGUGCUUUACGAAAGUUGUUUGCAACCAUCUUAAUAUUUUGUGAGCCUACAGAUGUAAGAAGCUUAUGGGAUGAAUUUUAUUCAUAUAUGGUGGAUGAUUAUCCGUCAACCAGCACCACAACAGCCUUAGUGUUCACAAAUCGACUACUCAGGGAUAUAAAUGAUAUACUUCUUCAGCACGGAAAACAGAUUACACAAUACGAUUUGCCAGCUCUAACUCAUGAAAAUGACAAUGACAACUCGAUACCCAGAAUUAUCCAAGAAGAACUGUCUGUCGAAGUACCCCGGGAAGACCUGUGUUCCGUAACAAGAUUGAACAAUGACCAGUCUAAAGCUUUCAAGUGCAUUAUGAAUACAAUUGAUCGAAGAGAAAGUGGAGUAUUCUUUGUUGAUGGGCCAGGAGGAUCAGGCAAAACAUUUCUUUACAGAGCUAUAAUUGCAGAAUUGAGAAAUAAGGGUCAUAUUGUCUUGGUAACUGCAUCAUCAGGAAUAGCCGCAACAUUAUUGCCUGGGGGUCGAACAGCUCAUUCUAGGUUUAAGAUCUCAAUUAAUGCAGAACCAUCAUCCAUUUGCAACAUAAGCAAACAAUCAGAUCUUGCAAAGCUGAUUAGACAAACAACGGCAAUCAUCUGGGAUGAAGCACCUAUGGCAAAUAAAGAAUCGGUGCAAUCAUUAGACCGCACUCUGAGAGAUUUAUUAGCAAACGAUAUGCCAUUUGGAGGAAAAGUGAUGGUGAUGGGAGGAGAUUUCCGCCAAGUACUGCCUGUGGUACCGAAAGGUAGUAAGUCACAAAUGAUUUCAGCUUCUAUAGUUAAGUCUCAUUUAUGGGCUUCCACUAAAAUUCUCCAUUUGCGACAAAAUAUGCGAUCUUCUAAUGAUCAUGUUUUUGCUGAGUAUCUUAUGCGCAUUGGUGAUGGAAUUGAGCCCACCAUACAUGAAGACUUUGUACGGAUACAAGCAAAUAUGGCAAUUCCAUGGGAGGGUGAAACAUCGUUGCACAAGUUAAUAGAAGAAAUAUUUCCAAACUUACAAUCUAAUGGGUGGGACGCUUCUUACAUGGUAGAAAGGGCAAUAUUGACGCCAAAAAAUCAUGAUGUGCAACAGCUUAAUGAUAUAAUUAUCAACCAGUUUCCAGGAGAAGAACGAAAUUUAGUCUCAUUUGAUGAGGUAGAAGGAGAUGCUAAUAAUUUAUAUCAACAAGAAUAUCUUUACUCAGUUUCUACAGGCGGGUUGCCACCUCAUGUGUUGAAGGUAAAAAGAGGUGCACCUUUGAUGUUAUUGAGAAACAUAGACCCUAAGGCCGGCUUAUGCAAUGGUACAAGGUUACUAUGUCGUGGAACUUUUCAAAACAUGUUGGACGUAGAAAUUUUAACUGGUCAUCACUGUGGAAGAAGAGCUUUCUUGCCUCGGAUAAAACACAAAACAAUAGAAAAUUCAGGACUGCCAUUUAUACUUAUCCAGAAGCAAUUUUCUGUAAGGUUGAGUUUUGCAAUAACAAUAAACAAAUCACAAGGACAGACCAUUCCUAAAGUAGGGAUCUAUCUCCCUAAACAUGUAUUUAGCCAUGGCCAAUUAUAUGUUGCUCUGUCUCGAAGUAUUUCUCAGUCAACUACAAAAAUUUUAGUCAAAGAAGAAAAAAUAGAUGGAACAAGUGGAGAAUUUACCAAAAAUGUAGUUUUCAAAGAAAUAUUGUUACCUUCCUUAUAG